ACAGGCAGAGAGCAGUGGCUGCGGCGGCCUUGGGGUAGCGGGGGAGCUGGGAGCACGCAGCCGGAGAGCAACCCAGCUAGGCCCGGCCGGGAAGGCAUCAGGCCGCGCUGGCGGCGGCGGCGGUAGCCACGAUGAUGGAAAUCCAGAUGGACGAGGGCGGCGGGGUGGUAGUGUACCAGGACGACUACUGCUCCGGCUCGGUGAUGUCGGAGCGUGUGUCGGGCCUGGCUGGCUCCAUUUACCGCGAGUUCGAGCGGCUCAUCAGCUGCUACGAUGAGGAGGUAGUGAAGGAGCUGAUGCCGCUGGUGGUGAACGUGCUCGAGAACCUGGACUCGGUGCUCAGCGAGAACCAGGAGCACGAGGUGGAGCUCGAGCUGCUGCGCGAGGACAACGAGCAGCUGCUCACCCAGUACGAGCGGGAGAAGGCGCUGCGCAAGCAGGCCGAAGAGAAAUUCAUUGAGUUUGAAGAUGCCUUGGAACAAGAAAAGAAAGAUCUACAAAUCCAGGUUGAACACUAUGAAUUCCAGACUCGACAGCUAGAGUUAAAAGCCAAAAACUAUGCAGAUCAGAUUUCUCGACUGGAGGAACGUGAAUCAGAGAUGAAGAAGGAAUAUAAUGCCCUGCACCAGAGACACACAGAGAUGAUCCAGACCUAUGUAGAGCACAUUGAACGAUCCAAGAUGCAACAGGUUGGGGGAAAUAGCCAAACAGAGGGCAGUCUACCAGGGAGAAGCAGGAAGGAGCGCCCAACCUCUCUGAAUGUCUUCCCCCUUGCAGAUGGAAUGGUACGUGGACAGAUAGGGGGCAAGAUCAUCCCCACAGUGGACCACUGGCACCUGAGUGACCUCGGCCAGCUGCAGUCCAACUCCAGCUACAAGUGUCCACAUGAUGAGAUGUCUGAAUCAGGCCAGUCUUCUGCUGCUGCCACCCCCAGCACCACCGGCACCAAGUCCAAUACACCAACAUCCUCAGUGCCCUCUGCUGCUGUCACCCCUCUGAAUGAGAGUUUGCAGCCAUUAGGGGACUAUGGUCUUGGAUCAAAGAACAGCAAACGUGCAAGAGAGAAACGUAAUAGUCGCAACAUGGAAGUCCAAGUCACCCAAGAAAUGAGGAACGUUAGCAUAGGGAUGGGCAGUAGUGAUGAGUGGUCUGAUGUUCAAGACAUCAUAGAUUCCACACCAGAGCUAGACAUGUGCCAGGAACCUCGAUUGGAGCGCACUGGAAAUAGUCCAACCCAGGGAAUUGUCAACAAAGCCUUUGGCAUCAACACUGAUUCCCUAUAUCAUGAGCUGUCUACUGCAGGUUCUGAAGUCAUUGGGGAUGUGGAUGAAGGUGCAGACCUACUAGGGGAGUUCUCAGUGCGGGAUGAUUUUUUUGGAAUGGGCAAAGAAGUAGGAAAUUUAUUGCUGGAGAAUUCACAACUUCUGGAGACCAAAAAUGCUUUGAAUGUGGUGAAGAAUGAUCUGAUUGCCAAGGUAGACCAGUUGUCUGGGGAACAGGAGGUGCUGAAGGGGGAAUUGGAAGCCACAAAACAGGCCAAAGCCAAGAUGGAGACCAGAGUCAAGGAGCUAGAAGAGGAACUCAAACGAGUGAAGUCUGAAGCCAUCAUUGCACGACGUGAACCCAAAGAAGAGGUGGAGGAUGUAAGCAGCUAUCUCUGUACAGAAUUGGACAACAUUCCCAUUGCCCAACGCCGCCGUUUCACUCGUGUAGAGAUGGCUCGUGUCCUUAUGGAACGUAACCAGUAUAAAGAGAGGCUAAUGGAACUCCAGGAGGCUGUGAGGUGGACAGAGAUGAUCAGGGCAUCCCGAGAACACCCAUCUGUCCAGGAGAAGAAGAAAUCUACCAUCUGGCAAUUCUUCAGCCGCCUCUUCAGCUCUUCGUCUAGUCCACCUCCUGCAAAGAGGUCCUAUCCAUCAGUAAACAUCCACUAUAAGUCACCCACCACAGCUGGAUUCAGCCAGCGCCGCAGCCAUACUAUGUGCCAGAUCUCAGCUGGCAACCGCACCUUGGAAUUUUUCCCUGAUGAUGACUGCACAUCCUCGGCUCGGAGGGAACAGAAACGUGAACAAUACCGACAAGUUCGAGAACAUGUACGCAAUGAUGAUGGACGAUUGCAGGCCUGUGGCUGGAGCCUUCCUGCCAAGUACAAGCAGCUAAGUCCCAAUGGAGGCCAAGAAGAUACCAGAAUGAAGAAUGUUCCUGUGCCUGUAUACUGCCGCCCACUAGUAGAAAAAGACCCUACUAUGAAACUAUGGUGUGCAGCGGGGGUCAACUUGAGUGGUUGGAAGCCAAAUGAAGAAGACUCUGGGAAUGGAACCAAGCCAACUUUGGGUCGUGACCCCCUCACCUGUGACCGUGAAGUAGAAGGAGAGAACAAGAGUAACCAUACAUCUCCAGAAAAGAAAAAGGGGAAGGAGCUACAUGAGAUGGAUGCCACCUCAAGUAGAGUCUGGAUUCUCACCAGUACCCUGACCACAAGUAAAGUGGUAAUCAUUGAUGCCAACCAACCAGGCACAGUGGUGGACCAGUUUACUGUUUGCAAUGCCCAUGUUCUCUGCAUUUCCAGUAUUCCUGCAGCCAGUGACACUGACUAUCCCCCUGGUGAGAUCUUCCUGGAGGGUGAUAUGAACCCUGAGGAUUCAGGGGCUGAUGGGGUCCUAGCUGGGAUCACAUUGGUGGGUUGUGCCACCCGAUGUAAUGUGCCACGAAGCAACUGUUCCUCUCGUGGAGAUACUCCUGUGCUGGACAAAGGGCAGGGUGAGGUAGCCACCGUCAGCAAUGGGAAGAUCAAUCAGUCUCAGUCCACAGAGGAGGCAACAGAAGCCACAGAGGUGCCAGAACCAGGACCAAGUGAAGUUGAAAUGACCUCAGUUAGGCCCGGACCCCUCACUGAGCAUGUCUUCACUGAUCCAGCCCCAACACCAACUGUCAGCAGCCAGCCAAGCAGUGAGAAUGGGCCAAAGGCGGACUCCAGCACCACACAGCAAGAACAGGAAGCAGCUGGGGAGCCCAGUGUAGCAGGCACCAGUGCUGCUCCCACCAUGUGGCUGGGAGCACAGAAUGGUUGGCUUUAUGUACACUCAGCAGUAGCUAACUGGAAGAAAUGUCUACAUUCCAUCAAGCUGAAGGACUCCGUUCUGAGCCUGGUGCAUGUAAAAGGCCGGGUGCUGGUGGCAUUAGCAGAUGGGACGUUGGCCAUUUUCCACCGUGGGGAAGAUGGCCAGUGGGACCUCAGCAACUACCAUCUAAUGGACCUGGGUCACCCACACCACUCAAUCCGCUGCAUGGCCGUCGUCUAUGAUCGGGUCUGGUGUGGCUAUAAGAACAAAGUCCAUGUCAUUCAGCCCAAAACCAUGCAGAUAGAGAAGUCAUUUGAUGCCCAUCCACGGCGGGAGAGUCAGGUGCGGCAGCUGGCAUGGAUUGGUGAUGGUGUGUGGGUCUCCAUCCGUCUGGAUUCUACGUUGCGGCUCUACCAUGCCCAUACCCAUCAACACUUACAGGAUGUUGACAUUGAACCUUAUGUCAGCAAGAUGCUAGGCACUGGCAAACUAGGCUUCUCCUUCGUGCGCAUCACAGCUCUUCUUAUCGCAGGCAACCGUCUCUGGGUGGGCACAGGCAAUGGUGUUGUCAUCUCCAUCCCACUAACUGAGACGGUCGUCCUGCACCGUGGCCAGCUCCUCGGGCUCCGUGCCAACAAGACAUCCCCCACAUCAGGGGAGGGGCCUCGACCUGGUGGCAUCAUCCAUGUGUAUGGAGAUGACAGUAGUGACAGGUCAGCCAGCAGCUUCAUCCCUUAUUGUUCCAUGGCACAAGCUCAACUGUGCUUCCACGGCCACCGAGAUGCUGUCAAGUUUUUUGUCUCUGUGCCAGGGAAUGUACUGGCGACCCUCAAUGGCAGUGUACUGGAUAGCCCCUCGGAGAACCCUGGCCCCACAGCCUCUGACCCUGAGGGCCAGAAGCUGAAGAAUGUGCUUGUAUUAAGUGGUGGUGAAGGCUACAUCGACUUUCGGAUUGGUGAUGGAGAAGAUGAUGAAUCAGAAGAGAAUGCGGGGGAUGUGAAUCAGGUGAAACCCAUGUUGUCCAAGGCUGAAAGGAGCCACAUCAUCGUGUGGCAGGUCUCCUACAUUCCGGAGUGAGAGCCUGCUGCCCACCGGCCACCCCUCCCCUCCUGCCUGAACGCCAAGGUGUACAUACAGAACUCCUGCCCUCCUCUCACCACCAGGGAUGCCAUCAGCCCCUCCAGGUGGCUGAAGCACCUGCCUGCCCUUUUUCUAACCUCUCAAUUUGCAGCUUUCACCAUAGGACCGGAGGCUUCUCAAGUGGGCAGGGAGGAUAUGGAAGACUUGGCCAAAGGAAAGGGGGAGUGGAGACAAUUGGAUGGGGGGCAGUAGGAUCCUGGAGGCCAGCCUGGGCUUUAGGCCAGUGGAGGAGCCAGAAGCCUGUGGCAGACUAUUGCAUGAGUAGGGCACUGGGUUCUAGCCUGAAGAGCAGAUGGCCCAGGGGGCUGAUGGGAACACAUUUUUGUCUGGGCCUGUGCCCACCAAGCCACGCUUUUGGGCAGCUGGGGGAGGGUAUGCCAAUCAAUUCUCCCACUUGGAGCCUUCCCCUCUAUUUCCUACUAAGAAUUUUGUUCCCUUGAUGCCAAGAGUUAUAAUGGGGAGAACCCUGCUUGGUCCUACCCCUUCCACUUAGAAUUUCUCUGCAUGUUAGGGGCCUAGGCUUCUGGCCUUUGCCAAGAGGAACAGCCUAGGAGAGGAUCAGUACUGCCUUAAGGGGCAUUUGGUAGUCAUACUUACCAAGAAUUCCAAUCUGUCACUCCUAGGGCUUGGGACCCAUGUCCUCCACAGAGGUGAUGUCAGCCUUAGAGCAUUUGGCCAGACUCACCUGGUGAGCCUGGGUCUCAUCCCCCCUCCCCCAGGCCACUGAGCAUGAGGUGACCUGCAUUCUGGCCGGAGUUAUGCCAGCCCUUGUCCCUCCUCCCUGACCAGCUCCUUCAGCUUUACUGCACUGUCCAGGCUCAGCAUUGCCCCCCUCUCCUUGAGCUUCCUCACCCCUCCUAGAAUUUCAGAAGGUACAAGGGAGCCACCACUCCUGGACUGUGUGUCUCUCAGGGGUCAGCCUCUUGCCUUGAAUCUCCAAAGGCAAUAAAAGCAUAGUGUGCCCAGGUGCUGUGUAAAGAUGUCCUCCCAGAGCAGGAAUGCCUGUAGAGUCUGAGCUCCCUGGCCACAUUAUUAAGUGCCUAGGGUUGGCCUGGGAGGUUUGCUGUCCUAGAAGCAGAUGCCUGCUGCUGGGAGAGAGGAAAAGGAGCCAUCUUGGGCCCAGGCCCCUGAGUGGUGAGGGAAAGAAGAUGGUUCUAAGGAAACUGCUCUGCUGGGAAGAGGUUUGGCUCCCAACCCUGGUGCCACGCAGCCCACCAAAUCAAAUAGUAGUUUCACACAGACUGUGCUUCAGCAGCCACCAGUCCUGGGGGAUGAUCAGAGUUAUAUUGGCCUUACUUAUGUCUCCCCCCAGACUGUAGUUGCUACUUAAAUCUCCUGGGGAUAAAGGAGUGAGUUUUUUUACAAGACUCCUAGCUGCUGAUUUCCUUUCCUUCCUGCCCUGGGCAGCUUAGCAUUCCCCUCCAGCCCCACAGUCCUCUUAAAAGAAGCACACUAUUGAGGGCAGCCCCAGGUCUAGAGCCCAUCCCUUCCCCUCAGUCAUGCAACAAAAGGUGAAAGCUAAUUGGCUUCUCCACUUCUCCCUGCCAUCUUUCCACUGUGAUGUAUGUAAAGUUCAUUAUAUGUUACAAAAGGAUUUCCAAGUGUCUUUGAAGGCCUGAACACUGCACAGUUAGCACUGAGACUUGUGUCCUUGUAAAGAGAGGGCUAUAGGAAUACUCUCCCCAGGCUUUGGCCCUGCAACUGAACCAUGUACCUGUUCUGUAUGUAAUAAACGUGUUAAAUCA